AUGCUCCAGACCCAGAACCUGCCGUGGCGGGCAGCCCUCCGCCAGGCAUCGCGCUCGAAUUGUACAAAACUCACCACCAGAUCAUCGCCACGAUAUCUCCCCGCCCAAUGCACAGCAUCGCUGGUUGCGCGGCCGCUCCACCGAUGCCCCUCGCCACCCGCCGCCCUCUUCGCAUACCGCAGCUUUUCCACAUCGCUGAGCAAGCAAAAGGAAAAAGACCCCAAGAUACCACCUGAGCCACUGGACGAGGGCGCAGCCGAAGAGACAGAUGAACUGAAGAAGCUCAGGGAGCAGCAGAGAAACCGAGAGGUCGAGGGCAAGAGUGACACGCCAGAGCCAAUACCCCCGCGCACCGGCUCCGGGCGAGGCAGCGCAGCAGGCGGAGGCACUGGAGGCAGCGACGGCGGUGAUGGCGGCGGCAAGAAGCGAAAGGGCUCCGAACGCGCCCUCGUCAAACCCACGAUACCAGACGUCUACCCGCAGGUUAUGGCGAUACCACUCGUUAAGCGCCCCUUGUUCCCUGGCUUCUACAAGGCCAUCACAAUCAGAGACAGAGAGGUCGGCCAGGCAAUCGCCGACAUGGUGAAGCGGGGGCAACCGUACAUUGGAGCCUUCAUGUUCAAGGAUGAGGGCGCUGACAAGGACGUUAUCGACGACCCUAACGAGGUCUACAAUGUGGGCACAUUCUGCCAGGUUACAAGCGCAUUCCCUGUGGGUGCCGAUGAUAACUUCGCCAUGACUUGCGUCCUCUACCCACACCGCCGCAUAAAGAUGACGGGUCUGAAGCCGCCAGCACAAGCCAAGGAGGAGCCAUCAGUAGCCGAGAGUACUUUGGACGAAAGCUCUGAAACACCAGAGGCGGAUUCAGCUGCGACCCAAUCCAAGGGCGAUGUCGUUGCCAGCUUCGAGGAGUCCACCGAAGAGACCAAGACGGCCCAAGGCGCCCUGGUCCCCACCAUUCUCAAGGGCCGCAAGGUCAGCAUCGCCGACGUGAACAACAUGGUUGAGGAGCCUUUCGACCUAAGGUCAAACAAGACAAUCCAGGUGCUGGUCAACGAGAUUGUCAACACUUUCAAGGGUGUCGCACUCUUAAACCCACUGUUCCGAGACCAUGUCUCGACCUUCUCUGUACAUACUACCAUGAAUGUUGGCGAGGACCCCGUCAAGCUGGCCGAUUUUGCAGCUGCUGUAGCACAAGCCGAGUCACACGAGCUGCAAGACGCGCUCGAGGAGAUGGACAUUGAAAAGCGGCUGAGCAAAGCGCUGGAGCUUCUGAAGAAGGAACUCAUCAGCGCGGAACUGCAAAAGAAGGUCGCAGACGAUGUCAACGCCCGAGUUACGAAGAAGCAUCGCGAAUACAUGCUGAUGGAGCAAAUGAAAGGCAUCAAACGUGAGCUCGGCAUUGAGUCUGACGGCAAAGACAAACUGAUUGAGAAGUUCAACGAAAAGGCCAACAAGCUGGCUAUGCCCGAAGCCGUGCGCAAGGUCUUCGAGGAGGAGAUGAGCAAGCUGCAAGGCCUCGAGCCCAACGGAUCAGAGUUUAAUGUAACCCGCAACUACCUUGACUGGCUCACACAGCUUCCUUGGGGUUUACGUAGCGCCGAAAACUUUGGUAUUCAACAUGCACGCGAAGUCUUGGAUGAAGACCACCAUGGUCUAAAAGACGUAAAGGACCGCAUCUUGGAGUUCAUCGCUGUCGGAAAACUGCGCGGCACUGUUGAAGGUAAGAUCCUUUGUUUGGUUGGGCCGCCAGGUGUGGGCAAAACAUCUAUCGGAAAGUCAAUUGCUCGUGCUUUGAACCGCCAGUACUACCGCUUCAGUGUCGGUGGUAUGUACGAUGUGGCAGAAAUCAAAGGUCACCGCAGAACAUAUGUUGGUGCACUACCUGGACGUAUCAUUCAGGCUCUCAAGAAAUGCCAAACUGAAAACCCACUCGUCUUAAUUGAUGAAGUCGACAAGAUUGGCCGGAACAGUAACCAUGGUGACCCAGCAUCUGCCCUUCUCGAGCUACUUGACCCAGAGCAAAACAACAGCUUCCUAGACCAUUACCUGGACGUGCCUGUCGAUCUAUCCAAAGUCCUUUUUGUGUGUACAGCCAAUAUGGACGAGACCAUCCCGCAACCACUGCUUGACCGUAUGGAGGUAAUACGGCUUUCGGGCUAUGUUUCCGACGAGAAGAUUGCAAUCGCUGAGAAGUACUUGUCUCCUGCGGCCAAGGAAAUGAGUGGUUUGAAGGAUGCCGACGUUGUGCUUGAGAAAGACGCAAUUGUCGAGCUCAUCAACAAAUACUGCCGUGAGUCGGGUGUGCGAAAUCUCAAGAAGCAUAUCGAAAAGGUCUACCGGAAGUCUGCCUUGAAGAUUGUCACUGAUGUGGGCGAGGAGGCCCUUCCAGAAGCCGCAGCUUUGACUGAAGAGGGCAAGGCUGCGCAACAGGAAUCAAACAAGAACGAGAACGACCCCAAGGAGACCCCAAAGAACAUCGAGGAGCAGACUACCGAAAAGCCCCGUGUGGCUCUCAAGGUACCAGAUUCAGUACAUGUCUCAAUCACCAAGGACAAUCUCAAGGACUACGUCGGCCCACCAAUUUUUACCUCUGACCGCCUAUACGACUUUACGCCACCUGGUGUAGCCAUGGGUCUAGCAUGGACCUCCAUGGGUGGCUCUGCGCUCUACAUUGAAUCCAUCCUGCAAAAUGCGCUGUCCGCUUCGUCAUCACCUGGUCUCGAGCGCAGUGGAUCCCUCCGAGAUGUUAUGAAGGAGUCGACUGGGGUUGCCUACUCAUUCGCAAAGAGCAUCAUGGCUCGCGAUUUCCCAAAGAACAGAUUCUUCGAGCAUGCUAGGAUACACUUGCAUUGCCCCGAGGGCGGUACGCCCAAAGAUGGGCCAAGCGCUGGUAUCACAAUGGCCACCAGCUUGCUCAGCUUAGCGCUCAACAAAAAGAUUAGAGACGAUGUUGCUAUGACUGGCGAGCUUACUCUUACUGGAAAAGUGCUGAGAAUUGGUGGACUACGCGAAAAGACUGUUGCAGCACGAAGGGCAGGUGCAAAAACAGUGAUUUUCCCACACGACAAUAUGAGUGAUUGGCUGGAACUACCGGAGAACAUUAAAGAAGGCAUCGAGGGCCGCCCCGUGUCAUGGUACCGGGAAGUGUUUGACAUUGUGUUCCCCGAUCUCGACAAGGAAGCCGCCAACAAGAUGUGGGAGAAGGAACUAAAGUCCAAGAAGGGUGACCGUAAGAAGCGUGAGCAAAAGAGGAAAGAGGAGGAGGAGGAAGAGUCUGGCGAUGACGACGACUAA